UUUAUCUCUCUUAUAGACAAUUUGGGCAUCUCAUAUCAACGAGUCAAAGCUCUUCUCCUUUUCAACAAAUCUUCUCAUUUUUCUCCUUUUCUGGUUCCUCAGAUUCUUUGAGGAAGUUGGUAGGGGGGGUGAUUUGAGCUAGAGAUCGGACUUUUGGCUAUCUGUUUCGUUGUUAUAAGAUGCACUUCUGGUCAUCAUCAUACCAAAAUGCAGAGAUUUGUUUGUCUCUUACAUCUGGAUGGAUGCCAAGAAGUUUAUGCAGUUGGUCGAGGAGAAGAAGAAGAGAGCUCUUGAGAAGAAAGAAGGCCACUUGAAAUGGGAGCAAAAACUUGAAGCUUCAGCUAAAGUGAAGUCUGAUGCUGAAGCUGGAGAGAAAACCAAGGCAGCUAAGCAUAAAAGGAAAUCUGUCUCGGGGUCUGACAGUGGGAGUGACACUGACAGUGAGUAUGAAAAGAAAAAAUCCACGAGAAAGUCCCAUAAGAAGCACAGGAAGCACCAUAGCUCAGAUUUGGUUGAUUUGGAUAGGAAGGACAAGAAAUCCAAGCGGAAGCCGAAGAGAAGGUCCUCUGAUUCCAGUGAUGAUAGCUGUAGGGAAUAUGAUGGUAAUUUAGAAGAAGAGAGAAGAAGAAAGAAGCGCGGCCACAAGAAGCAUAGGCAUCAUGAUAGAUACUCUGAUUCCUCCGACUCUUCAGAUGAUGAAGACGUGGGAAGAAAACACCAUUCAAAGCAUCACAAACGUCAUCGACGAACACAACCGAAUGAAUCAGAGUCUUCCAGUGAUGAUGACCAUGUUGCAGCUAGGAAACGAAGCCACUCAAAGCAUCAUAAACGUCAUGGGAGGUUGGAUUCAGAUGCUUCUGUCUCUUCUAGCGAUGAAGAAAAAGUGAACCGUCGUAAUCAUGGAAAACACAAGAAACGUCAUCACAGACCCCAUAGUCACGACUCAAGGUCUUCGGAUCCUGAAGACCUUAGGCAUGAUGAGAAUGAGGAAUUAGAUAGAAAAGAUAAGCACAGAAAGAAUCAUCAUCGACAUGGUCAUCACCAUCCCAACCAUACGCAUCGCCACUCAGUUGAAGUGUCGAAGGACAACCAUCAACCUCAUGACAAAAAGGAAAGAAAUGGCGAGGUGGACCAUACUUCUGAGGUGCUCAAUGUAAGUGAUAACAGUGGUGCUCGUGUGACGCAAAAUGCUUAGGAUGCUACCCAAUUUAUGUUAAUUUUCCAAAUUUGUGGAGACUUAAAUGGCCAUUGGAGUUUUACAGUUGGACUGUAAUAUUCAUCUAAAACCCAUAUUUCCUACUGUUGAAUCUUUAAAGUGACUAUAGCACAUUUGUGCCAUUAAUGAUUCUACUGUGUAUUAACAGAAGUAUAAUGCUUUAGGUGAAUAUAUAUUUAUGUCUGGGAUUUUUAGUGA